UUAGUCGAAUUAAGAUAAGUAACGAAAAUCUUCAAAGAUUAAUGUCAUAAACGGUAAUUGGAAUUUCCGAAUUUCUUCCGCGCGCAUCGUGCAGUUUAUUCGAUACAUGUAAUUAAAUCACGAUUGGAACAUUCGCGGAAAUAUUCGCAAUAAUUUUUUUUUUUUUUUUUUUUUACGUCGUUUCUUGCCAUCAAGUUUAACAAUAAUAGAACAAAUUCAAACAAGGAUAUAUGUGAAAGAAAAUAAAUAAACAAAAGCAAUUAUUAUUGUCCACCGACAAAUCUGAAAUUAUAUUAAAAAUCACAUAAAUAUGCAAAUAAUUAUCGAACCAUGGUGGUAAGUAUUAUUACCACCUAUUUAAUAUCCAUUUUUUUUUGUAUAUUUUAAGAACUUUUCGACAUAUUUCUUUGCGGUGUCUUUGCUAUUUCCGACAGUAUGCUAAUAGAUUUUCAUUACUCGAGAGUAAUUGUUGCGACAUAAUUUAAAUUAUUAUUGUUAGAAUAAAAUUGAUUGAGAAAAAAUCUUGAAAAUUGUAGAAAUGAUUUAUUUCCGAGAAAGUUACCCGUCUAAACAAUAUGCACAUGUCUUACACAAAUUAUGAGUUUUUGGAGUUGUUGAUUACGAAUCUGAGAUCGGAUUUAAAAAAUUCAAGAUGACAGAUUUAAUAUGGCGGAUGAAAAUUUGAAAUUCGAUAAAAUUCGGAGAAAAAACUCUGUCCAGGGGUUUUUUGUGGUCGCUGAUUACGAAUCUGAAAUCGAAUUUCGAAAAAUCCAAUCAUUGAUCCCGAAAGAGUUUUUUCAUCGGAUUUGGUUAAUUUUCAAAUUUUCGUCCGCCAUAUUGGAUCCGCUAUCUUGAAUUUUUGUAAUUUGAUAUCAGCUGCGUAAUCAGCGACCCCAAAAACCAUCGAAUGCCAUUUUAAUCUUAUUUCAAAAGUUGACUCAGCGCAAUAACGUGUUACUCGAAUGGUUAAAUGAUAUCAUUGUACAAUUUUCAUACACGCGUAUAAGGAUAGAACAACAGGCAUUAAAAAUAUCCAUUAUUAUUUACAGGAAUUUAUUUUCUCAUAUAUUUAAUAAACGCUUGAACAAACGUUUCCUUGUGGUUUUUUCUUCUCUACGGUAUUUAGAAGUUCGAUAAUUUUGGGUCGAACCUUGAAACAAGCACGCUGUAUUGAAUAAAGAUGAAAAAGAAUUUUUUUUCUUCAUGUACUGCUUUUCGGGCAUUCGAGUAAACUUCGCAUUUCCCCAAGUCGUUCAAAAUCUUCUACACUGUUACUGUUACUAUUCCGCUCCGACACGCAGCGCUCGGUUCGAAUUCCAGUUAGUGUGAACCGAGCUUCUACAGAGUUCAGAUUCAGUCAGUCGCACGCGGACCUCACGGCCAGACGAUUCGUAUCCGAGAGCCGAGGAUUCGGCCGACUUUCAAAAUCGCCGAUCACCUCGAAACCCAGAAUCUGGCUGAAUCUUUGACGGAAAAUCAUUGGCUCCGAUUUCCGUUUCUCGCCCAGUUUUCGGGGCAAAAAUAAUAAUUCAAUCCCUUGAUCGUAAUUUGAGGUAAAAUAAUAUCGAUAAUAAAUGACAAAGACAGAUUGAAAAAAUACAAAUACACGUAUACGUAUUUGCAAUAAGUUAAUUUGCCGCAAAAGCUUGUCGCAUAUUUUCGCAAUAUUCGUGAUAUACGGAAAACUACGGAAAUACAAAUGUGUUUCAGUUAUCUGCAUGGAUUUUUACGAGUGGAAUAUUCGCCACGAUCUCAGCUGAUAAUUAUAGAUAAAUAUUGAUUGGUGACAUUCGUUUUCUUCACGCGUUCGGUGAUAAUGAAUUUUCUGCGUGAAUAGAUUAAUGAAGGAAAAUUCAAAGACAGUGUCCAAGAAUUAAUGGAAAUUAUUAUUCGUGCAGUUGAUAAAUUCUAAAAUCGUGAAGUGCGUCAAGGCGAUAAAAGGAAUAGAAAUUAGACUAAAAAAAAAAAAAAAAACAACAACAAAGAAACAUCCAUCGGAUUUUACAGAAAUAAACAUAUUUGGUGAAUCUUUGACGGUCAUAAUAUUCAUUGAAUUAAUAUCAGAGCAGAUUGUACAAAAAUUAGGUCAACGAGUCUUCAUUUUCCAGUAAUUUGAGACAGAUUGAAAAAUAAAAAAAAAUAAAAAAAACCACCGGUCAGUAAUCAUCAAAAUAUAAAAGAACUGUGUAAAAUUUGGAAAGAUCGAUCGAUAAAUCGUGUUUAAUAAUUAUACCGUGUUUCGGAAAAAGAGUGAAGUUUGACAGUGCAUCGAGGACUUGAAAAUAUGAUCGUAAAGGAUAACACGUGGAGGCAGCGGAGGUUGGCAGUUCCGAAGAGAACCAGCGAGCUCAUCGCCCUGAUCGCAUUGUCGAGUACGCUGUUCCUGUUUCUUCACACGAGAGAUCUUCACUCUCGAUUGAGGGAGAUGGAAGUCCGACUUCAGCCAGGAGACGAAGAAGGAUUCUCCGCGAGUCAAUUAUCUUCUGACGGCGAACAAACCUCGAUACACAUAGAAUCAGGACCCAGCGGUGUCGUUCAUUACUACUCGACCAUCAAUCAGAAGUUAACAGAAUCGUACGACGACAUGGAGGUCCUUGACAUCGACGCGUUGAACAACACUCGAAGGGCCACCAAACAGGUGAUAUUCUUCAACCGGGUACCGAAAGUUGGUUCCCAAUCGUUCAUGGAACUACUUAGAAGACUCUCCGUGUUCAACAGGUUCUUCUUCAAUCGAGACAGGGUUCAGAGGGUCGAGACCAUCCGCCUUGCUCCAAUCGAACAGCUCCAACUGGCGACAAUGGUUUCCGGUUACGCUGAACCUUCAGUCUACAUCAAGCACGUUUGUUUCACGAAUUUCACCGAAUUCAAUUUGCCGGAACCGAUUUACGUAAACCUGGUGCGAGACCCGGUCGAGCGCGUAAUUUCCUGGUACUACUACGUCAGGGCUCCGUGGUAUUACGUUGAACGGAAGCAGAUAUUUCCCGACCUGCCUUUGCCGGAUCCGAAUUGGCUGAAGAAAGACUUCGAGUCCUGCGUCCUGGAGGGUGACAGGGAGUGUAGAUACCUCGAGGGCGAGAUCCACGAGGGCAUCGGUGACCACCGAAGGCAAACCCUCUUCUUUUGCGGCCACAGCGAUAAAUGCAGACCAUUCAACACGGUAGGUGCUUUGGAGAGGGCUAAACUGGCGGUUGAAAAACAUUACGCUGUUGUCGGUAUCCUUGAGGAUAUAAACAGUACGUUGACGGUAUUAGAAAAUUAUAUACCCAAAUUUUUCCGAGGAGCAACAGACGUCUACUGGGACGAAGUCAACUCGUUUACGAAAAUAAAUCGGAAUUUUUUCAAGCCACCGGUUAGCGAGGAGGUAAAAGAUCUGGUGCGAAAAAAUUUCACGAGAGAAAUUGAGUUCUACCAAUUCUGUCGACAACGACUUUACAAACAGCUCAGAGCCCUGAGGUUAACUAAUUUGCCAAAUCAAAUCGACAACACUCUUUAAGGAUAUCAUUUCCACGAACGGUAAGGAGGGGUUCCUCGUUUUUCUGUUCACAUAUCGAGUGAAGACGACCACAUCUUACGGGUGAAGCGUCGCAGAAAUUUCCGGGACAAUUUAUCCCCCUUUUCUCUCCUCGAGUAUGAAAGCAAAGACAAAGAAGAAGAGAAAAAUAAUAGCAGACAAUAACUAUUUUUCAGUUGGUAAAGAUUUUCGGUUUCAUCGUCGACUAAUAAUAAUAAAACAUUGUGAUUGUGAAACGUUAUCACGUUUAGAAUUGUAGACUUUAUAAGUACAUUGUAUAAUUUCACUUGUAUAAUAGUCUUUAAUUGUAUUUGCGGAUAAAAAUGUGCGGGAGCAUUUUCGAUCUAUAUAGGUAUCACAAAAAUCAAGAGGACCAAUCUGCGCCUAGAUUACGAAUAUGAAAUGUAUGUAUGUACGCGUGUGUGAUUAUGCAAAGUAUUAAUAUAUAGUAUAUUUAGACCGCAAACUCGUGGGCAGCUAUACCUAUAAAUAUUAUAAUAUCUUUUAUAAUCUCGAUGAAAAAUAACUUUACAUGAUAAUUUACAACGACAAAUGGUUGAAUUUUGAUGCAAGCAAAGCGUUAAUGAUAACAAUGAUGUUUUUCGGAAGAUCGAACAAAUUUUUAUAAAUCAAAAGGUAGAUAUCGUCCAUGGUAUUUUCUGCGUAUUCUAGAUAUGUUUAUUUAUUAUCUAUUAUACUUUUAUUCCAGAAUACAUUUUGUAUUACAAAAGCCGGCAAUUAGAAUAUUAUAAGUAAAAUAAUAAGUAAGUAAAUCGCUGAAUAUAUUCGUGGUAGAAAUUUUUGAACUAAAGAAUAUGAAGGUUUCCAUACUUGAUUAUUCAAAAUCAGAAAAUUAAUAGGACUAAAAGGAUAGAACGAAUUAAAAAAUGCACAUUUUACGAAACGGUAAUUCCGUACUUAUAUUACUAUCUCGGUGUAGUUUGAAUUAUUGUUUAGUGUAUCGGACGGACCAUACUGCGUGAAUAAAAAUUGUUUACUUUAUAAGGUGAGGUUAUCAUGAAAAUAUUCACAUCCUCAUGAUCAUGACAAAUAUUGUACAAUUAGUUAACUAUACUUACACGUAUCACGCAAAUUUAAACGUGCGCGAAAUAUAUAUCAAUGCGAAAUAAACAUAAUGAAAGAACAGUUUUCCUCUUUUCAAUUUUUACAGGCUCACAUAGUACAGCAAAUCAGAAAAAGUAAUAACUAUUCUCAAAUCUAGGUACGUAUAUUAGUUGCAAAUUUUUCUAAUUACCAGCGUUUUAUUUAACUAAUUUAAAAAAACAAACAGAAUAUGACAAAAUAGUUCAACGAAGACAUUUUUUUUCUCUUUUCCGUCCAUUUCUUGCCUUCAAAAACCCAGCGGUAAAAUCAAUUUACAAAACUAAAAGUAUAGAUUUAAAAAAAAAAGGGCAAAAAAAAAUAUUUCUAAUCUUCCCGUUCAUUUUACAGCUUGUUAAGCAAUUAAGCGACGAUAUCCAUUCUCGAUUUCGACAGCAUUCCUCGUUUCACCAAUUAUUUUUAUGUCAUUGUAACGAUUUAAUAGUUUUCCAAAAACAGCGAAAAGAAAGCCGAAAGAUCGAUUAACUUUCAGCAUCGAAGCGAUUCGUUCGUUAUAUUACCAUUUGAAUCGAAGUUUUCAGGCGUCGCGUACUCGAUAAUAAUUUUCUUUCGUUAAAUGGCCUUCGCGACGAAUGGUUGCUCAAGAUGAAUAUAUAAUAUUGGCCGGUGAUCGCAACGCGGUGAAUUUUUACACCGUCCGAUAUAUGCACGAAGUGCAAGACAUUCUGAACGCCGAUUGUUAAUAUAGUCGAGAUGGCGCGACGGAUCCUGACCUCUGAAUGCCAAAUAAGUUUAAAACAAUCUCCGAUUGAUCUGAUCCGAACAAUUACGGACGACGGACAUCUCCGAUGAAAUAAAUACCUCUUAUAAGCCUCGAGUGAGUUUAUAAAGUUUUUUGAGAAAACCAAA